AUUUUUAAAAGACACCAUACCUACGUUACCUCGCCGCCAAAACCACCACCAGCGCCACCAUCCUUCACAAAACGAAAUGACCUUCAAACAAAACUUCAAGCUUCCUUUAACGAAAAAAACUAAAAUUUUACUGCUAACAGCAACCACUGGCACCGCCGCUCUCACUCUCUACACCAACACAACUACCACCGACUCCUUCACUAACAAAAUCACCUCUCCAAUCCACGCCGUCCCUCGCUCCUCUCGCGCAAUCUCCACCAUUGCGUUAACCAUCGCUGAUUACAAACUCUCUCUCCGUAACCUACCAGUGAACUCUGAUUCUUAUUAUCAGAAAUUAUCCGAGGUACAUUUACGAUCUGCGAAGAGGAUACUAAAAUUAUGUGAAGAAAACAAAGGAUUUUAUGUGAAAGCUGGACAGUUUGUUGCUUCAUUAAAACAAGUACCACAGGAAUACUCUUUGAUGCUUUCUUCAUUGCAAGACCAGGCAGUUCCUUGUAGUUUUAAGGAUAUAAAACAAGUGCUUCAAAGCAAUCUGGGUCGAGAUUUAAAGAAUAUAUUUUUGUCGUUUGAUGAACAACCAGUAGCUGCUGCAUCGAUUGCGCAAGUGCAUCAUGCGAUUUUGAAAGAUCAUCAAGAAGUAGCAGUCAAGGUACAGUACCCUGGGUUAGAAAGCCAGAUGAAGAUAGACAUAACCACUAUGUCCUUUCUUUCAAAAUCCGUGGCAUGGCUUUUCCCUGAUUAUAGAUUUAACUGGCUGGUAACAGAAUUCAGAGAGGUUAUUUCUUCAGAACUUGAUUUCAUUCAGGAGGCAAGAAAUUCUGAGAAAACUGGCAAAAACUUUAAAAAUAACAAGUUCGUCAGGAUUCCUCGUGUAUUUUGGGAGCUGACCACAUGUCAGGUUUUGACGAUGCAAUUUUGUUGGGGGCACAAGGUUGAUGAUGUGGAAUUUAUGAAGGAAACGAGAAUAAAUCCUAUAAAGGUUGCGAAAGCUUUGGUGGAAAUCUUUGCUGAGAUGAUAUUCGUACAUGGAUUUGUGCAUGGAGAUCCGCACCCUGGAAAUAUAUUAGUUUCUCCAGAAGGUCCAAAUGGCUUUACUCUGGUUAUUUUAGAUCAUGGAAUCUACAAACAAUUGGAUGAAGGAUUUAGACAAGACUAUUGUCAGCUGUGGAAAGCUAUGAUUCUUCAAGACACACAUAAAAUACAGCAGCUUGGCAAAGGACUUGGUGUUGGGAAGUAUGCUAAAUACCUCCCUGUCAUUUUUCUUGGAAGAACCAUGAACAGUAAAGCAAUUCUUGGAAAGGGAAUGUCAGAUGAAGAAAAGAGUAGCUUGAAGCAGGAGUUGAAUUAUUUGAAAGUGGAUGACUUAUUUUCUUUCAUGGAAUCUCUACCACCUGACUUUCUCACUAUAUUGCGCACGGAUGGCCUCCUCAGGUCAGUCAUUAGGAAGCUGGGAGCUCCACAGAAUGUCAGGCUAUUAUCCUAUGUGAAGUACGCAAUACGUGGCCUCUCUCCAAAGUUGAGUCCUGAAUCUGAUUCAUCAAUGAAAGUUACCUUCUCCAGAUUAAGGACAAAUGCGAGUUAUCUUCAGCUACGGCUUUUUCUCGCGGGACUGCAGCUGCUUUUUUGGAUGGAGAAGGUCAAGCAAUUUCUAUGCACAUUGUAUAGAAAAUUGUUGCUGAAAUGCCUUCCUGGUAAGCAUGAUAAUUGUCCUAUAUAGUUAAACCUCUAUAAAACAGUAUCUUUGGCACCAUAAAAAAUUAUUAAUUAAUUGUCAUAUUAUUUUAUCAAGACAUUAAAGUUUUAACAAAAAUAUCAUUUAAUUGAGGUUAUUGAUUUAUCAAGGUUA